UGGUAGUAUUGUUUAUGAAAUCAUGGAACUUACAUUGUUUUUGACUAUUGCUGUUGUUUUUACAUCUGUUCAGGGCGAUCAUUGCGAUUCAUUGGGAACACUUUUCUACGAUGAACUAGGUUGCACUCCGAAUCUAGGAAACGACGGAUGUCCAACUUCGUAUGAUUGUCCUGAUUUUACAGUUCCCGAUGGUUUCUGUAAAUAUGGUGGCAAACUUUACCAGAAUGGUGAAUAUGUUAAUGGUACCAAAAUAUGUCAACCUGGGUAUUGCUCCAGUUCUAAAAUAGGUCUCAUGUUUGUUGAUUGCUUCCAACGUCAUGAAGAAGGCUGCUAUUAUGCUUACACUUUUGAUAAAUGUUGUUCUUCCAAACAGAUUUGUGAACCUUUUGACGAUAUUGGUACAUGCGAAAUUGGUGAUAAAAUAUACAAAUACGGACAGCGUUUUAGUGUCCCAGGUCAUUGCCUUAAUUGCAUAUGCCAGGAGAACUUUUCAGGUGAAUUAGUUGAACCUUUCUGCGACAGGACAAAAUGCGUUAUAGAAAUAACUGAUGAUCCAAUAUCCGAUAAAAGCGCUCCUGUUUAUUACAACGAGGCGAUCCGUUGUUGCCCAAUAGAAUUAAUUAAACCUUCCUACGUUACAAACUUAACUACCAUUAUAUCUGUAAACACGAGUGAAGAAAAAUGCGAGUUUGGAAAUAAUGCGUAUAAUCUGGGCGAUAUUUUAUUUGUGCAAUACGAAAAUCCUUUAUUUAACAAUGAAGAAGCAGCAAUUUGCACCUGUAUUUUACCACCUCUGUUAACUUGCACUCAACUUUAAAUCAACAAAUUACACAUUACAUUUGUAAUUGGGCAAACUGAUAAUGAAAUAAAGCAAUGCAUAUACAAAUUGAAUA